AAACCUCUGAAAGCAUUCCAUAUGCUAAAUAUUUCGAUUUUUUCCCAUGUGAGAAGUGGGCACUCGAUCAUUAUGUAGCCUUGAUUACUGAUAACUAUAAGUUCGCUGAGAAGAAAGAGGCACAUCGUACUUUUUAUAUUACCUUACAUAAAAUUAAUGAUGAUCUUUGCAUGCCCCAAGAAGUUCGCGACAUUGCUCAAAAUCUUAUAGAGAAUAGUAAGCCAGAUGCUUGUACCUAUUACCACGCCCUAGUAGGAGUCCUGCAAGUAUUGAAAUGGAUGCGUUUAUUACCACGCCCUAGGAAGAGGCAGAGGGAUCUGGCCACAAUAGACGCUCCUACAAAGAAGCAGUGUGUAGUUCCGGAAACAAGUUGGUUCUGCCCUGAUAUGAACGUGCCUUUGCAGGCCAACGGGGGAGUAAACACUCUGGAAAUAAUUAAAUCCGCUGUCCGUGUAUUUGACCAAAAGACGAUAGCCUUAGGCUCUACCCGCUCCUAUAAAUGUUCGAACCAUUUGCAAAAACCGGACAAUCCCUACCCUGAAGCUGUCCUUGAAGUCGUAGCAACAGGAUCCAUUUCCACACUCAAGAAACAUUUCGAUCGAGUAAUAAAGUAUGCCGACCAGCUUUGUCCUGAGGAAAAACAAAUUACACCUAAUAUUUCAGAACUUCAUACUGAUAUAUCCGUGCCAAAAUCUCCUAUUCAUUCAGAAUUAUCAGCGAUUACCAAUCGAUCAUCCACAUUAUCACCUAUUGAAAACCAUCACAAUAAAAAGAAUGCGCAGAUCACUGAAUCGAUUCCUAAGGAAUUAUCUAUUUCUCCUGAAAUAAAUUCUAACAAUACUACUGAAGAGACUAAGUCUCGAGUCUCCAAUUCAUCUUCGACUGUAUUAUCCAUAGGCGUAAAGUUUAAAUCAUCAGAAGAUAAGGAAAUGGAUGAUUUCCUAAUUUGUAAAGAAAAGGAAAGAGUUAGUAAUAUGAUGAGGGAGAGAAAUAGAGAAAAGAAGCUUCAACGUACCAUUUCUUCUGAAAUAAAUUCUACAACUGAAAUUUCCCAUAGCAAAAAAAUAAUUCAAUCGGAACCUGAAACUUUCGAUGAAUCAGAGAAAAUAACCAUAUCGGAAGCAAAGAAAAUUCCCUAUAACCAAAAAGUCGAGCAAGGGUUGAGGUUUGAAUUAUCCAUUUGCGUCAAAAACGAUAGUAACGGAACUAAUGAUGUAAUUGAUAUACAGAUUCCUGAAUUCUCUAUAGAAGCAAUUCUAACAGGAUCUAGUGAAGUUACAGCAGAAAAUAUAGCUGAUUUAUUUAACAUUGCUAUGAAGACUAGACAAAAGGAGAUUUUAUGCUGGUACUGUUAUUAUAAAGCGUACGAGGAUAGAGUUAGAAAUAUUAGGACUAUGGAUAAAAUUGACGACAAAUCUGCAAGAACAUUGGUAUAUAAUGAAAUCAAAACACUUUUACCUGAUGUUACUGAUGUAAACUUGCGUAAAAUAACUUUCAGAGCUAAAAGAGUUUAUAUAUUGUUUGAAGGUAUAGGAAUAGAUAAAAUUAGUCAGGUGUCUUACAGUGCAAGUGCUAUUUCAAGUUUAAAGGAUAUUCAAAUUCAAAAUAUCAUAAGCGAUUUUUCUAAGUCAAAUGAAAAUCGAAAAGUAAUCUCCGUUCCAAAUUGGAACGCACACGUGACUGAACAAACUUUACCAGAAACUGAGGUAAGUGUUACAUCCAUUCCCUCUAUCCUAUCAUCCCAGAUCUCUAGCCAUUCUGCGACUUCCUCCGGCAAUUCAGAAGAUAAAAUGGUUGAGGAAGUAAACGCAUCAUUUAAUCCAACCCAUACCCGUGCUUAUUUUCGUAAUAAAAUAUUAGGCCAGUAUCCUGAUAUAUAUAGAGAAUUUAGUAGCGAAAAAUUCGAUUAUUAUGGACUUAUUGAUAAGUCGUUAUGUCCAGCAUGCAAGUCGAGUCAUAAGGAUGAGAAGAGUAUAAGAGGUAGAUAUGAAGCUGAAUCCUAUUUUAUUAAAUGUGGGGGGAAUGAAAUUGAGAUCACAGCAUAA